GUUUAUUGUAGGGUCCGUUUCUCUCUCACACCCCUUCGUUGUUCCCUGUGCUACGGCAUACAUUUUGCACAUAACCCCUUCUAAAUUGAAGAAUUUAGCUUAACAUCACUUCAAACACUACUGUUAAUUCGUCACGUUAGAGAUCUGGGGAUCUUUUACGGUUAGGGUUUCCGGCUUGAUUUUAUGAUGCUAGUCACCUGCCCAUAGAAAAUUGUUGAUUGGCUUGUCCUGGGUUGCACUUAUAUUUAAGCAAACUAUCCGUGUAAAUUUAUUUGUCCAUCUGUCCUUUGCUCAUGGAGACUAAGAAAAUCAUAGCCAUAUGCCAAUCUGGAGGUGAAUUUAUGACCAACAAAGAUGAUGGGUCUUUGUCUUACACCGGUGGGGAAGCUUAUGCUCUGGGCAUCGAUGAGCAGACUCAGUUAAAAGAUUUCAAGCAAGAACUGUCUGAGAAUUUUCAAUGCAAUGUCGAUGGCAUGACGAUCAAGUAUUUUCUUCCUGGAAACAGAAAGACCCUGAUUACCAUAUCGAAGCAGAAGGACCUACAGCGCAUGCUCAACUUCUUCAAGGAUUCUGAACAAGUUGAGGUAUUUGUGGCUGGUCCUCAGAAUGUGCCCAACAUGCCUGCUAGUAGUAUGGAUACUCCUACACUGCUUCCAGGGUGGAGUGUCGAUUAUGCUAGUAAUAAAAGGUCAAGCAAAACUGUGUCAGAUGCAGUGAUUCCUUCUGAUGACCCCAUGGAUAUUAUGCAAGAUGAUGAUGCAAUUGUUUUGGAUGAGCCUAUUGAAACUACAUUGCUCGAAGUGACUCCAUUUAGCAGUGAAGAGAAGCAUCGGAGAGCAGCAACCCAGUGGAAGAACAUCAUCACUGGUGUGGACCAAAGAUUUAAUAGCUUUACCGAAUUCCGUGAAGCUCUGCAUAAAUACUCGAUUGCUAAUGGAUUUGAUUACAAAUAUAAAAAAAAUGACAACCAUCGGGUAACUGCCAAGUGCAAAGUGGAAGGCUGUCCGUGGCGUAUAUAUGCGUCAAGGGUGGCCGCCACACAACUGAUAUGUAUUAAGAUUAUGAAUGCAGAGCAUACAUGUGGAGGAGCUACUAUAAAAGCUAGACAGGCAACUAGGGGAUGGAUAGGGACUAUUAUAAAGGAAAAAUUGAAAGUUUCUCCAAAUUACAAGCCAAAGGAUAUUGCCAAAGAAAUUGAGCGUGAUUAUGGCAUUCAGUUGAACUAUAGUCAGGCAAGGCGAGCAAAGGAGAUUGCACGAGAGCAGCUUCAGGGCUCUUAUGAAGAGGCAUACUCUCACUUACCAUUUUUCUGUGAGAAGAUAAUGGAGACUAACCCAGGUAGUCUUGCUACGCUAACCACUAAGGAAGAUUCAAGCUUUCAUCGUCUUUUUGUUUCAUUUUAUGCCUCAAUAUCUGGGUUUCAUCAGUGCCGCCCUCUUCUUUUUCUUGAUAGCACUCUUCUUUACUCAAAAUAUCAAGGAAUAUUAUUAGCAGCAACAGCUGCAGAUGGGAAUGAUGAUUUUUUUCCCGUGGCCUUUGCUGUGGUAGACGAGGAGACUCAGGACAAUUGGCAUUGGUUUCUGUCCCAACUGAAAUCUACUUUUUCAACGUCAGAACAUAUUACUUUUGUUUCUGAUUUCCAGAAAGGUAUAAGAGAGUCAUUGCUUGAUAUAUUUGGCAAAGAGUGCUAUCAUGGUUACUGUCUACGCUGUCUUUCUGAAAAACUUAAUAAAGAUCUGAAAGGACUUUCACACGAUGCAAGAUGUCUCUUGGUUCAAGAUUUAUAUGCUGCUGCGUACUCUGCAAAACUUGAGGCUUUUGAGCGCAGUCUUGAAAAUAUAAAAGCUAUAUCAGCUGAAGCUUAUGACUGGGUCAUUGGGAGCGAACCAGAACACUGGUCUAAUGCAUUUUUUGGUGGUGCAAGAUACAACCAUAUGACAUCCAACUUUGGUCAACAGUUCUAUAGUUGGGUAUCUGAGAUGGAUGGAUUUCCAAUAACUCAGAUGGUUGAUGUAUUGCGUGGUAAGAUAAUGGAAUUGAUGUAUAGAAGACGACAUGAAUCCAGUAAUUGGGUUACGAGGUUGACACCUUGUAUGGAGGACAAGCUUCAGAAUGAGAUGGGUAAAGCACAGUCAUUCCAAGUAUUGCAGUCAAUUGGAAAUAGCACAUUCGAGGUGCGUGGUGAAUCUGUUGUCGAAUUUGUUGAUGUCGAUAAAUGGGACUGUAGUUGUAAAGGAUGGCAGCUAACUGGAUUGCCUUGCUCCCAUGCAAUUGCUGUUUUUGAAUGCGUUGGUAGGACCCCAUACGAUUAUUGCUCCAGAUACCUCAUGACUGAAACUUACUGCACAACUUACGCAGAGUCAAUUAACCCAAUACCAAAUGUGGAGAAACCAGAAAAAAGUGAAGUUAUUGUAACUCCCCCACCUACCAAAAGACGAGUUAAACCAAAGGUUAAAUCUGUUGAAUUUAUGGACAGCAUUAAACGCCAGCUUCAGUGUCGCAGGUGCAAGGGCCUGGGCCAUAAUGCGAGAACAUGCGACAAGGUGAACAACUUGCUUGAAGAAGAAGUACAUACCCCUACCCCACUUUUGACAGGGAUGACCGCUGAUGAAACUACUGAUGGAGGAAGCAUUUGAAUUUGGCAAAGAAUGUAUCUAUUCUGGUGAUGUUCUUUGUGAUGAAUAUUUUAGAUAGUUUGUAGCUUGAAAAUGUGAACACUUUUGUUGUUUUGUUAGUAAGAAAAUCUUUUCUACUUUUCCUUCCAAAUUUUAACCAGUUUCCCGGCUUUCGAACAGUAGAUAUCAUGGAUGAAUGGGAAUGGGAAUGGACAUGGUGAACUGAUUUUUUUCUGCUUGUUAAUAUGUUGCCGUUGGUCAAACAUCUCAAUAGUACUUUCAAUGUUGUUUUCGAGUA